AACAUUCCAAAACUGUCAAACCAACGUAUAAAACGUCUGCUGGUCGUCACCCUCAGCAUCAAGCAUCAAGACUACAAAGGUGGAAAGCUCAUUUUUAACCACACAAGCCCGAACCAGUAGACAACAAUGAUAAAGAUUCCUUCUGUCAUGGCACAGAUGACUCGUCUUCGCCUGUUGUUCGCCCUUUGCGGGAUCAUCGCACUGGCCCAAGCUAGGUCCUGUGAAAAAGCAGUCAAUGACUGUCCUAAAGGCUGGACUCAGUUGGACAAUUACUGCUACGUCUACCACCAUGAUCCCAGGACCUUUUCAGAUGCAGAGAGCGUCUGCAACGUUCUUGGCGGGAAUCUGGUCUCGAUAAACAGUCUCAAGGAACACGCACUCGUCGUCGAGCUGAUUCGGGAGGGGGCCGGCUCUGUCGUUGACACCUGGAUUGGAAUCCACGAUGCCGUUGAGGAAGACGACUUCUUAUGGACCGAUGGCGAAGUUGUUAAUUUCAGAAACUUUGGGGUUAACCAGCCUGACAACGACGGUGGAGACGAAGACUGUGUAAAAAUUGAGGGAGAUGACUCGUUGUGGGAUGAUGAUGAAUGUAUCGAUGCCAACCCAUUCGUUUGCAUCAGGGCCGUGGAAAAAAAAGAUUGCCACUAAUCAGCCGUCUUACCAUCAAAUCUUUUAUAAUAAUGUUUUUCAACUUUGAGACGAUAUCUGUGGUGUCAUUCAAUGUUUAUUAUCCGGCUGUUGAUUGCUGUCACUUAAGCAAAUUUCCAUGGGUAUCUUUUGAAUAAAUUACAUUUUGUCUGAGCAUGACAA